ACGACUUUCGACUCUCUGUUGGAGGUUUAUUUUAGGUUGGAAAAUGGCAACCUUGCGUACCUUUAUAUCCGGCGCCGUACGUGGACGAUCCGUGCUUUCCAAAUUCCAGACUCCCACGCGUAUUCAAAGAGUACAUAGCCAUGACGAGGGCCCACCUCAGCCAUACGAAAACCUGCCUUUUACCAUAAGCAACAGAUAUACAACAACUUUAAAGUGGUGCCUCUUCUUUGGAUCAGGACUGUGGGCACCAUUCAUUAUAGUCUGGUACUCUAUGGCAAAGAGGACAAUGAUCUCUCUAGAUCUAAUAGUUCUGUUGUUUGCUCUAUAA